GUUGGGCUUGAGUUUUGAAAGUUGCGGGCUGACAAGUGCACUACGGAGGUAGCAGGCCGGUCCGGAAGGCUCAGUACUACCGUCGCAGCGACCAGCACAAAGCGGUUCGAACCGAAACGACUGGGUAGCGGCUAUAAAGCAAAGAGCGCGCCAGCCAGCAAAGAGCGCGCAGCACAUAUGCGCCAGAGCCCGCGCACGGUCGCCAGCGAUCCCGACAUGGCCGACGACGUGCACGCAGCGCUCACCAAAGCGCUGGCAACAGGCACGCCCGCGCGCGUGUUUCGGCGCGGCGUCGCGUCCGCCGCCGCGUGCGAAGCCGCGGCGAAGGCUGUGGAGCGGGCGACGGGCACGCCCUGUUCCGUGGAGAUCGAGCACUGCUUCAAUAUUACGUCCACGGCGCUGGGCGACGAUGCUAAUGAAGCCGCUUCAGCAUUACGAUGGCUCUUGGCCGAGACGUUCGCCCCAGAGGACUUAAGGGCCUCCUCUCCUUCGUGUACCGUGGAGGUGGGCCCGCGGCCGGCCUUUGCGUCGGCCUGGUCUUCUACUGCUGUACUUGUAGCGGAAGCCUGCGGCGCGAAGGGUCUGCAGCGCGUCGAGAGAUCUAGAAGGUACUUCAUUACUCCUGCCGUCGACGCCAAGAAAGCCUCCGAAGCGUUACAUGACCGCAUGACGGAGUGCGUCUACGACGGCACGGCGCCGUUCUUCGACCUGAAGACGGAACCGCCUUCGAAGAUUGGCACAGUCUCGUUAAUUGCAGGCGGCGUCGAGGCGCUGAAGAAGGUUAAUAGUGAACGAGGUUUGGGCUUCGACGCCUUCGACGUGGCCUACUACGCCCAAUUGUUCUCAGAAAAAUUAGGCCGAGAUCCGACGGACGUCGAGCUCUACGACAUGAGUCAGUCGAAUUCUGAACACAGUAGGCACUGGUUCUUCUCGGGGCGGCAGGUCGUCGACGGCGUCGAGAAGGACCAGUCCUUGUUCCGGCUGGUGAAGGCUACGUUGUCGAAAGCUCGCGAGAAGGCUCAGUCACUAGGAAGGGAGGACUCGUCGGUGGUCGCGUUCUCGGACAAUUCCUCGGUCAUCAAAGGUGGGACUUGCCGUGUGCUCGUGCCCGAGGACGCGGCGAAGGCGGACGACGAUGCGACGCAUGUGGGCUAUGGUGCGGCUCCGCUCGUCGAGCGAACUAGGACCUUACACGCUUUGCUGACCGCAGAGACGCACAACUUCCCGUGUGCUGUCGCGCCGUUCCCUGGGGCCGAAACGGGAGCCGGCGGGCGGUUACGGGACGUCCAGGCCACCGGUCGCGGCGCGCACGCGUGUGCUGGGGUCGCCGGUUACUGCGUCGGCAAUUUACACUUGCCCGACCAUGCCAUAGCGGGAGAAGAAUGCACCGCUUCCCUACCGUAUCCGGGCCACCUCGCGACACCUAGUACAAUUCUGAAAGACGCGUCCGACGGCGCCUCCGACUACGGCAACAAGUUCGGCGAGCCUUUAGUGUUGGGCUACUGUCGGUCCCUAGGAUUACCAGAUGACGGCACGGGUAAGCGAGUGGAGUGGCUCAAGCCCGUCAUGUUCUCGGCUGGAGCUGGAUGGUUAGAUUCCAGACACUGCCUCAAGAACAAGGCCGAGAAAGGCAUGCUCGUGGCCAAGGUCGGCGGUCCGGCCUACCGCAUCGGCAUGGGCGGCGGCGCCGCCUCCUCCAGAGUUGCGUCCGACGGCAACUCGGCGUUGGACUUUGAUGCGGUGCAGCGCGGCGACGCGCAGAUGUUGAACAGGAUGAAUCGCGUCGUGCGGGCUUGCGUCGAGAGAGGUAACGCGAACCCCAUCAUCAGCAUCCACGACCAGGGCUGCGGCGGCAACGGCAACGUUUUGAAGGAGAUCGUCGAGACCUGUGUGGAAAUCCUGAGAAUUAUUCGCGUCUCGCGAUCUCGGCACCGCGGCCAUGUUUUCGGCUCAAACUCGGACACGACGUUCCUCUGAUACACUCGACCGACUGGAGCGAGCCACACCUCACGCACACCCCGAGAUAUCCCGAAUUGAAGGGCGCUUGAACUUUGAUGUCCACACAGGUCGAAACCGAGGGCGCGACGUAUCACCUCUCGAAGUUCACGCUUGGGGAUCCCACGCUCACGGCUACGGAGCUGUGGGGCGCCGAGUACCAGGAGUCGAACGCCAUUUUGGUGGAUAAAGGUGAUAGGGAGCUGUUGGAGAGGAUGGCUUCUAGGGAGCGGUGUCAUGUGGAUUUUGUGGGUGAGGUCUCAGGUGACGGCAUCGUUAAAGUAAUAGAUGACCGCUUUGCCGAUCCGCAAGUCGUCAGUGAGUUGCCUCUGUCUCUCGUUUUAGCUGAUAUGCCCAAGAAGGUCUUUUCUUCUGUUACGCCUGCGCCGGCGUUUACUCCCCUCAAAAUACCUGCGUCGUUGACGUGUCGGGAGGCUACUCGUAAGGUGUUAGGAUUGCCCUCCGUGUGCUCCAAGCGGUUCUUGGUGCACAAGGUCGAUCGGUCAGUGACUGGAUUGGUGGCCCAACAGCAGUGCGUCGGUCCGUAUCAACUACCGCUGUCGAACUGCGCCGUGUUGGCUAGAUCACAUUUAUCGACGGAAGGCGUCGCCAUUGCUGUUGGGGAGGCGCCGCAGUUAUCUGCCUUGUCACCGUCAAGGAUGGCCAAGCGCUGCGUCUGCGAGAUGCUGACUAACUUGUGUUGGGCGUCCGUACAGCAUCGGAACGACGUCCGGUUGUCGGCGAACUGGAUGUGGGCCGCGAAGCUGGACGGGGAAGGUGCGCGCAUGUACGAGGCCUGCGAAGCGUUGUGUGACGCUCUGAUAAUCACGGGCACGGCGGUCGACGGCGGCAAGGACUCGCUGAGCAUGGCCGCCGCUGAUGGGAAAGGUGGUGUGUGUCGAUCACCGGGAGCAUUAACACUAACGGCGUACGCGACCUGUACGGAUAUUACGGCCACGAUCACGCCGGAUUUGAAGCGAGGUGGCGGCGGUCUGGUCUUCGUCGAUCUUGGAAGUAGUGCCUUGGGCGGCUCGGCUUUGGCCCAAGCGCUGGGUCAGCUAGGCAGCGAAGCGCCUGAUUCUGAUGUUGAGAGUACUACAAAAGCUUUUGAUAUUGUACAAACAUUAAUCAGAGAUGAAUUGAUUGUCGCGGGCCACGACCGCUCGGACGGUGGUCUAGUCACUACAUUACUGGAAAUGGCUUUUGCUGGUGGGUGUGGCAUCUCAUGCAGUUUCACUGGUAGCGAUUGGGCCUCCGUUUUAUUCAAUGAGGCGCCUGGUCUAGUCGUGCAGUGUGCAAAGGGUAAAGAGAAUGCCGUGUUACAAGCGUUUUCUGGAUUAAAAGCGGUCCAGUGCGGUUCCAUCGGAGAGGACUGCUCCAUUGCCGUAAAUGGAUCUGAGGUACUAAAAGCCCCGCUGCGCGAGCUGUGGAAAGAGUGGGAGAGCACUAGUUUUGCCAUGGAACGACUCCAAGGGAGAGAUGCAAAGUGUGUAGCCGCGGAAGAGGCUUCAUUAUCAGUACGCAAGCCACCGGUCUACCGAUUCGCCUUCGAUGCGUGGGUGGAACGACCUUUGUCCAGUAGGAAGCGCGUCGCGGUCAUCCGGUGCGAGGGGAGCAACGGCGACCGCGAGAUGUGCUCGGCGUUUCAUCUCGCGGGCUGCGAGCCCUGGGAUGUUGCGGUUGCUGACUUAGCUAGUGGGUCGUUGGAUCUCGACCGGUUCCGGGGCGUGGCCUUCGUCGGUGGGUUCUCCUUCGCGGAUACGCUCGAUUCAGCAAAAGGAUGGGCCGGGUCGAUCAAGUACCAUGCGACCUUGCGACCGUUGUUCGAGCGCUUCAAGGCUCGCAGUGAUACGUUUUCGCUGGGCGUGUGCAACGGCUGCCAGUUACUCGCUCUGCUCGGGUGGGUCCCUGGCGUGAAAGCGGAUGUGCCGGAACACCUGCCUCGCUUCGUGCACAAUGCGUCGCGGAAGUUCGAGAGCCGGUGGUCCUCGGUCACUAUUCUCGACAGUCCUUCCGUAUUGUUGAAGGGCAUGGCCGGUUCUUCCUUAGGAGUGUGGAUCGCGCACGGCGAGGGCCGCGCCUACUUUCCCGACGAUUCUCAUCGGCAACUAGUUGAGUCGAAGAAUCUGGCGCCGAUCCGCUACGCCGACGAUAGCGGCAAGGCCACGGACGCAUACCCGUUUUGCCCGAACGGCGCGGCGUUAGGCGCGGCCGCUUUAUGCUCGCCGUGCGGCCGCCACCUCGCCAUGAUGCCUCAUCCAGAAAGAUGCGUGCUGCCCUGGCAGUGGCCCUACCUGCCGCCGGACCAACCGAAGUUUGCUCAGAGAUCGCCGUGGCGGAAGCUCUUCGAGAACGCGGCGGCGUUCCUCGAGGACUAGUGCUCGUCUAUCCCUCUCCCCCUCGUAACGAGCUUCUAUUUAGUCGGGAUAUACAUACAGGGGGAUUCC